AUGCAGACAUCUGCAUCGUUUCCUUCUGCCCUAGGCAGUCGGAUUUCCGACCUCUUUCGAGGUCAUCAAUCCGAUACACGCUAUCCUGAACCCAAAGACAACACCAACAUGCUGUCUCACACCCUCAAGGCCGCCAAGGCUGACCUGCGAAAGCGAUUUACGCUCUCGAAGGGUAAGUCUUGGACUCGUCCUGAUGAGUCAGAGCCUUUGGUCUCUUCUGAAGACACCAUUUCUCCCAAGCCUGCAAAGCGCUCGCUGUUGAACACUCUGUUUGACACAAAGACCGGCCGGAAGCUCCACAAGCGGUCGCGCUCGGAUCCUACUUCCAAGAGCGAUUCUACCGGCCAGCUUCCUGGCCUCGAGCUGGUUCUGCAACCCUACGAAGAUGCCAGGGUCUUCAGCGUCGGAACCAACCAGGCUCUGGACGCAGUGUACGAUGCCACUGUCAGCUCUCGUGAGUAUUAUAGCUGCACAAGUGGUUCAUACGACGCUUCGUACGAGGUUGAUGAGUGGUCGAUCUCUGAUCACGGCACCGUCCUGAUCCGACGCCCAGCGGGCUUCCACCCGGCUCGAUCUCCUUCGCUCAUCAGCUGUUACACUCACCACACUGUUUAUGAAGAACCUGUGACCCCGGAAUCCGAGGCUGAGUUUCCUGAGAAUGUCGCCAACAAUGAUGCCCCGAUUUCUGUCGCGAACAUCAUUUCCGACACUGAGGCUCACGACAAUGAGCCCAGCGACUACGUCCAGCAGUCGUCUGAUAAUCACAACCUCAACAUGGGAAGCCGUGACACCAACCUUGACGCGCGUUUCGUCCAGCCAGUUUCCAUGACUCAGAUCAGUCGAGUUAUGUCAAAGGUCAUCGAGGGUCGAACCAAGACCAACUUGAUCUUGCGCCCUAUCAAGGAACUUCGUCGCAAGCACCGAACCGCCUCGGGAUCUUCCAAGAAGAUCCGAAAGACUGAGCACGGCACCCGCCGAUUCUUUCUCACUGCCAACAAUGCCACUACCACACCCAUUGUCGAUGAACACGACGACGAGGUCCCUGGACCCGCACCUGAGAGCAUUGCUGAGUCUCAUGAAGAUGACCAGAAUGCCAAUAACAACACUCAUGUUGACGAGGAUGCCAUGAGCCACCCUCAUGCCGAUGAAGAGCCAUUCCAUCAGCUGUCUACUCAUGAGCCCAUGGACGCCGGGAGCAUUGACUCCAUCCACGAGAACUUGGCCCAAUGUGACAUGAUUCUCGCCGCGUACCAAGGCGAAUACGAUCAACUCGAACGUACUUCAACACACACCUCUGAUCUCUGCGACACACUAGAUCCUAACGACGCCGAUUCUCGCUCUGAGCCUGAACAACCCCAAUUCACUGAGGAGAUGGCGGCCCUUGAGUCGUGGGCGCAGGCCUCGACUCACUGGGGAGAUCCCAACAUCGGCCCCGACACUGUUCGACAGGUGAGAGACGCUUCCUGGCAACCAACCCAAGCCCUCCUUUUGAAUAGAUUUCUAACUCGUCGGCUGCAGGGAUUCAAGGGGCAUCUCGAAGCUCUGAAGCGCACACAGUCGUCCGACGCCAAGGGUGAAAACAUCAAAGUUACCCCCUCCAUCAAGAUCAACGCUCAGUCCGGCCUUCCUGAGAGCCAUCAGUCUUCUACCUUUGUCCACUCGUGGGUCCAAGACAAUCUUGACCGUCAUACCGGCACGAAGCCCACCGACGCUCCAUACGAUCCCAUACACCCACACCCUGAGCAGGAAGCUCGUUACACUCACAACAUUGACCACGACGAGGAUGGCCCCAUGGAUUUUAGCCGAGCAAGUCUUCCUCAACCCCCUCCCCACGAUGGAUCCCAACUAACUGCCCGCCACAUUGCUGGCCGCCAUCCCCACGAGGCUGUGGACGAUUAUUGCAGGCUCGCACUCUUUCUCAAGGCAAGAAAUGAAGAGGAGAGCAGACUUGAGCGCGACCUCGAUCAGGCACGAGAACGGAUCGAUGCCCGCGGCGCUCAGCUCGAACGCUUCUGCGCUCUCGCCCGCCAGCUCGAGGAGCAGAACGAGGCAAAGGCAGCCAGCCAGCGUCGAGCAAUUUAUCGAAAGGUCUCGCAGAUCAUCAAGACCCUCGAAGCGGAUGUUGACCAGGCCAUGACUCGCUGCGUGGAAAAGCGCGAGCACUACCGCGAACUUCUCUACCGCGAGAAGGCACUCGUGGAGGCGGUCCAGGAUGAGGCGCGACACCUCGGCCUUGGGAACCACACCCCCAACGAGCUCGAAUGGGCAGUUGAACAACUGGUCGCUGGUGACAGCCUCGAGUAUGUCGAGGAUGCUCUCAACUCUUGUUUCUGA